CCCAGCUCUCCGAGAUAUCUGGAAUGGGCCAGGCAGUCCAAGAAACCAUCUUCUUCCCCUUCUUCUUCCUUCGCCAGCAUGGUCAAUCUCUCAAGUUCAAGCAACCCAAUCACUAACAAUCAUGCUCAAAACCACAAGCAGGCUGAGAUUCCCUCACGAGAUGGUUUGAUUGCCACUUUGGCCUCCAUCUUCGAGGACCGUGACUGUGAAGAACUUGAGGCAGCACUACGAACGAACGAAUCUAACUUAGAGGCAACAAUCGAUUACCUUAUAUCGGCUCAGUCGCGUCGACCGGAGACCGAUCCAACCAAUCUUCACUCUCAGAAGUCAGCCCGCCAGAGAUCCCCAGAUAAUUUCACCUCCAACAAGAAGUCCAAAUCCAGCUCCCUCCAGUCAUGGUUAUCAUGUCCAACUGGCUCCAGUAUCAAUCAACCAGCUGAUCAUCCAAAUACCUCCCAUCCUGGCGCCGGUGAUCAAAACCCAUCCGCGCGGAACGCGCCCCAACGCAUGCCGGAGUCACAGCCUAAAUCUUCUACAACACCAGACUUUCCAAUAUUCAAACAAGCACCAUCCUUACGACCGAUCAAAGAAGUACUAAGUCAAUCCUCUCCACAUGCAUCAUCAUCCAAAUCAACCAAACGGACAACUCUUCCACCAUUAUUUCUUUCAUCCCCUCAACAAAUUUCUGAACAUUUGCCCUGCUGUAGUCUCCUUCAUGGUAUCCUUCCCAAACAACUAGCGUGGAACCUCUACGAACGUAUGAUCAAAGAUUGUCAAGGAGAGGGAAUGAGUAAGAAGCCUUGGAUUAGAAAUCGAUGGUGGCUCGCUGAUCGGGAAGUCCAAAGUCCACAUUCUACUGCUUUCUUCAUCGCCAAGCCAACCGAUUCUGAAUCCCUGGUUGAUGAUUAUAAUGAAUCAGCUCAAUAUUGGUAUGCAGGAAAACCAUUAGAAGCAGAUGCUCAACCGAGAUAUUUCUCAGAUGAGAUGGACGAAGCCCGACAUAUAAUUGAAUCGAUCGUCAAUCUACUUCUGAUCAACGAUCCAGAGACACUACUACGAGCACAAAGGAGCUCGAAAUCGAACCCCAUCAUACGUUAUGAUCAAGAGUGGGAUGGACCAUGGAGAGCCAACGUAGCCGCGUCAAAUUGCUAUCGAGGUAGCAAGGAAAACGUUGGCUGGCAUGCCGAUCAACUCACUUAUCUAGGCCCAUACCCAACGAUUGCCUCACUUUCCUUGGGCACGACGCGUCAAUUCAGACUACGACCAGUAGCCAAUAUCCUUGAAACAGAGACAGCAGAGCCCCUAAGAACGUAUUCGAUGAGCUUGCCUCAUAAUUCGCUGUUAGUGAUGCAUGGGGGCUGUCAGGAACGUUAUAAACAUUGCAUUCCUCCGCAACCCUCGUUGGACGUAUUCAAAAAUCCACUCCAGCCAACUGAUACUCGGAUCGAACGUAUCAAUAUCACCUUCAGGUUCUAUCGACCUGACUUUCGACCAUCUAGAUCAAUCCCGAUCCGCAAUGCAUCUUCCUCCUCCUUAUCCUCUGGUCCAAACCCCAAUCAACAAGACUCGACUGAAGUGUGUGUUACACCUAGAUGUCGAUGUGGAAUUCCUGCAAUCCUUCGAGCGGAUCAGAAGGGAAAAGUGGCUGCUUCUCGCGCCCGUCCUCGCCUGGAAACUUCUGCCUCCACAACCGCCGAUCAUGCUGAGUUUCAGUUCUUUUGGCAUUGUCAAGCCGGCCAACAAAACUCGGGUAAAGGCUGCAAUUUCUUUCAGAUCUUGAACUUUCAAGCUGAAAGAAGAGGUCCUUGCAUCGGCGACCAAAACGAAAAUAAAUAAGACAGGACCCGUGUAUAUUUUGAUGUUUAUGUGUAUCCCUGCUUCUUGAGUGUCUUGUUUGACAAAGUUUGUUUGUAAUAUGUGUUUCCUCUGAAAGAUAUAAAUGAGCUUCUUAUCCAUCAAGCGUGUAUCAGUCUUGUAUUUAUGCUUAUAGCAGUGCACGUUGUAAUUGUUUGUGAUUGUAUCCACUUCCCAACCUUGAGGGCCUGUACCAUAGCAGCAAAUUUUCAAAAAUUGGUGUUGUUUUUCCAAUCUCAAGGGAACAAUAUUGCCACCAAUUAACCUUUUGGUGUAUGGAA